ACCUGUCAACCACCGAUCCAGUUCAGUUAGCCCGGGCCUCUUCUCCCAACGGUCGUCCACUGCGGACGGCCAGUGCCCCGCCCCUCCGUUGCCAUAACCACAGCACACGACGCCUCUUCCCUCUUCCCGCCCUUCCGAAACAACCCUGCACUCUCAGGGCCAGGACCCUCUCCAGCAUUGCUUGUAAUUGAACAGAACCAGAGUCUGCGCCCUUCUGCGAAGGGGGAUUGGGACCUGGCUUGAUCAAACUCCAGAGCCUUCAGCAGGGAAGAAAGAUGUCAGAUGAAGAGGAUCUGGAAGAUUUCGAGCCAGACCAGGAAGAUCUGGAAAGGGAAGACGACGAGAAGGAGACAGAGGAGUGGGAGGAUGACAGGAAAGAGGAGGAAGGCGGCUCUGAGGAAUGGAUUCUCAACCCCCUCACGGAGGACAUGAUGAAGGAAGGGCUUUCUUUGCUCUGUAAGACUGGAAAUGGACUGGCCCAUGCUUAUGUCAAGCUGGAGGUUAAAGAAAGAGAUCUGACAGACAUCUCUUUGCUGCGUUACUACAUCCAUCUGCGUUAUGUGGAUAUUUCUGAGAACCAUCUGACAGACUUGUCUCCACUCAAUCACCUCACCCACCUGCUCUGGCUCAAGGCUGAUGGCAACCGGCUUCGGAGUGCCCAGCUGAAUGAACUGCCCUACCUGCAGAUUGCCAGUUUUGCCUAUAAUCAGAUCACGGACACUGAGGGCAUCUCUCAUCCUCUUCUGGGCAUCCUGAAUCUCAAAGGGAACCAAAUCCAAACGGUGACAGGUCUGGACCCCCAGAAACUGAUCAGCCUACACACACUGGAGCUUCGAGGGAACCAACUGGAAAGCACAAUGGGGCUCAACCUUCCCAAGCUGAAGAACCUCUUCCUGGCACAGAACAUGUUGAGGAAGGUGGAAGGCUUGGAGUACCUAAGUAAUCUCACUAGCUUGCACCUUCGAGACAACCAGAUUGAAACUCUGAGCGGCUUCUCCAAGGAAAUGAAAUCACUGCAGUACCUCAACCUGAGGGGCAAUCUAAUAAGCAACCUGCAGGAGUUUGCCAAGCUUCGGGACCUGCCCAAGCUUCGAGCCUUGGUGCUGCUGGACAACCCAUGUACCGACGAGAACGACUACCGCCAGGAGGCCCUGGUGCAGAUGCCCCAGCUGGAACGUCUGGACAAGGAGUUCUUCGAGGAGGAGGAUCGGUCUGAGGCUAAUGAGAUUCGUCAGAGGAUGAAGGAGGAGCAGGAGCAGGAGCAGGAGCAGGAGGCCGAGCUUGAGCACUAUGAGGAUCCGGAGUAGCCACCGACGUAGCAGCAAUUCUUCUGGCCUUCAAGGAUAGUAAGGAAGCCGGCAUGGAGGCAGGGAGGCAGGAAGAGGAGGCCAAGGGCCUGGCACAUAGGGGGAGAAAGGAGUUGCUAUAGAAGGAGGUGGGCGAAGAAGGGAAAGGCAAGGAGCACCCAGGGAGAGAUCAGGGUUAGGAGUCGAGGGGUGUCUCAGAGUGAGGAGAAAGAGCCAGCAGGACCCAGGAUCCUGGGGCUGAGAAAAGGCUUAGGAGAUACAUCAGGAAGCCAGAAGCAUGAGUGAAAAGAACUGGGCAGGCAGACAGAGGUGCUGGUGUGGGGUGCACAGCCACACCGGACCUAGAGUGAAGGCCAGCUGGAAGGGCCAGGUCUGGGGCAAGACAGUGGUGGUGGGGCGGGAGGGAGGUGGUCAUUGGCGCCUGAGGAAUGCAGCCGAGCCUAGCAGAGAAGGCGGAAGAGAAGGAUCCUGCACUAAAAACCUGAAGCUAAAAAUAACAGGACACGGUUGGGGGAAGAAAGGAGGGCAGGGUGAGGCAGCAAGAGCCCGGGGAGAUGCGCCCAGGAACGUGUAGCCGCUGGGCACUUGAGAUGGGGGCAGAGGCAGCGCUGAGGAUGCAGUUGGGCCCACAGGGUUUAUUUCUGUCCUCUUCCUCCAGGGGAUCAGAGGUACUGGCCCCAAGACCUGAGAAGGCUCCGUCAGCAGGGGUCACCACCGCACACCCUCAGGCGGAGACAGAGCACGCCCUCUCUUGCCCCAGGCCUGGGGAUUCAUCACCGCCUGCAGCCCAGACUCUGUGGGCACCGGGGCAGCGGGCUCGGAGGGCCUGAGCUCUGCCGAGAGCCGGGCAGCCGGCACCCUUCAGGCAGGUCUGCUAGGAGCCAAGCCCGGACCGGCCCAGGGGAUAUGCGGGUGGAGUUGGCCGCAGAGGGGCUGCGGGGCGGGCUGCGGGGUCAAGAACCGCUCUGGUUCCAAUAAAGAGACAUUUGGAUA